AUUCGGCAAUAGUUUAUUGUAUCAACCGGUAGUAACAGUAGUUCUUGCAUUUCAGCUCAGUAAAGAUGCUAAAUACUGGGAAAUUGGCUGGUCGCACGUUGUUCAUCACGGGAGCCAGCAGAGGUAUUGGAAAAGCUAUAGCACUUAAAGCCGCUAGAGACGGAGCUAAUGUAGUUAUUGCGGCAAAGACUGCCAAGCCUCAUCCAACAUUGCCUGGGACAAUCUAUACUGCAGCUGAAGAAGUCAGAGCUGCAGGAGGACGAUGUCUCUCAUGUGUGGUGGAUGUUCGAAAUGAAACUCAGAUACAAGACGCUGUGGAUGUAGCUGUCAAAACAUUUGGAGGAAUUGACAUAGUUGUAAACAAUGCAUCAGCCAUCUUCCUCACUGGAACUGCUGAGACUUCAGUAAAAAAUUUUGAUUUGAUGCAUGACAUAAUUGUUCGUGGGACAUUUCUCGUAACUAAGUUUUGCCUACCAUACCUAAAAACUGGAAAAAAUCCACACAUCCUCAACAUAGCCCCUCCAUUAAUGCAUCUUCCUGCCGAAAGGUUUUCCGGACAUGUCGCCUAUACCAUGGCAAAAUAUGGAAUGUCAAUAUUUGUAACUGGUAUGGCAGAAGAGUUUAGAUCAGAGGGGAUUGCAGUUAAUGCGCUGUGGCCGAAGAGUGGCACUGCUAUCAAGACCGCUGCAACGGAAUUACGUGCUAAACGAAUGUCUCAAGAGGACAUUGCAUUAUUACUCAAACUCAAACUCCGAAUUCCUGACGUAACUGCUGAUGCCGCCUACGCUAUUCUUACACGUGAUUCGAGAAGCUACACUCAGCACUUUUGUAUCGAUGAAGACGUUCUUAGAGACGAAGGAAUUACGGAUUUUGAACAAUAUUCAGCAUCAAUUCCAAAUUGGGUUCCCAGAGUUUGAAAAUCAGAAAAUUGAGUUUCUCUUCAUCUUCUAAUGCCAUGCUUGAAUACCAAUUACAUUUCCUAUUCAUAGGAUCCCAGCAGGAAAGUUUGACGACGCCAGCUUUGAAGCGUAUAGAAUCGAGAUGGCUGGAGCAAGACUACCACAAGAAAUGAUUCAGAUGAUAAAACUUAUCCAGCCAGAAAACUUUCGUUCUGAACCAAAUAUAGUAUUGUUGUCAGGUGUUUCGAUAUAAGAUGUACGCAGCUAAUGGGAAUGCGGUACUACUAGCCAUAUAUCACCAUUUUCUGCAGG